UGCAUUGUGCGUUACGCAAAAGCCUGUGCCGUUGCCUUAAUUCGGAACGCACCCCAUGUCCACCACGUCUUAAAACUUCCGUUUCCUUUUUCAUCUUCCUGCCGUACGUUGCUGAAGUCCUUAAAUUUCCGUAAGGUAUCCCUAUACACUUUUCAAGAUGGGUAGGGAGGACAAAGCAACAUGGAAGUCAAAUUAUUUUACUAAACUUGUUCAACUAUUGGACGAUUAUCCUAAAUGCUUUAUUGUGGGCGCGGAUAAUGUUGGCUCGAAGCAAAUGCAACAGAUUCGUAUGUCGUUGCGCGGAAACGCGGUCGUGCUAAUGGGCAAAAAUACCAUGAUGAGAAAAGCGAUUCGUGGUCAUAUUGAACGUAACGCAGCAUUGGAGAAAUUACUGCCUCACAUCCGUGGUAACGUUGGAUUUGUUUUCACCAGAGGUGAUUUGAUCGAAGUGAGGGACAAAUUGCUUGAGAAUAAAGUACGCGCGCCAGCCAGAGCAGGAGCUAUUGCACCUUUGAGCGUUAUUAUUCCAGCACAAAAUACAGGACUUGGUCCUGAAAAGACUUCUUUUUUCCAAGCCUUGAGUAUUCCGACUAAGAUCUCCAAGGGUACUAUUGAAAUUAUAAAUGAUGUUCAUAUCCUCAAACCUGGUGAUAAGGUGGGAGCUUCUGAAGCCACGCUCUUGAAUAUGCUGAACAUCUCUCCCUUUUCUUAUGGAUUACUGGUCGAACAAGUAUACGAUUCUGGUACUAUUUUUGCACCUGAGAUUUUGGACAUCAAACCUGAGGAUCUGCGUGAAAAAUUUAUGGCUGGGGUUGCAAACUUGGCUUCUGUUUGCCUAGCGAUCGGUUAUCCUACAGUCGCUAGCGCGCCACAUAGUAUUGUAAAUGGCUUCAAGAACUUGCUAGCGGUCGCUGCUGUUACUGAUGUUGAAUUUGCAGAAGCUGCCACCAUCAAAGAAUAUAUUAAGGAUCCGAGUAAGUUUGCCGCCGUUGCUGCAGCUGUAGCAGCUCCAGUAACUGCAGCUGCCGAUGCUCCUGCUGCAGAAAAGAAGGAAGAGAAGAAGGAAGAAUCAGAGUCGGAAGAUGAUGACAUGGGUUUUGGACUGUUCGACUAAUGCGAAUUUAUUACGUGUGCAUGAACACAUCUGAAACGAAAUUUGUCAUAAGAAAUUGAUCCAGAUUUUGAAUCAUUUUAUAAACGUUUCUCCGACGUUCAAAUUAAAAGAAAAUAAUAAAACAAUUUUAAGUUUUA